AUGCUGAGGACAAAUCACACAUCAGUAAAAGAGUUUUUCCUCUUGGGGUUCGAGCUUCAGAAUUUCAAGAUCCCUCUAUUUUUGUUCUUCCUUCUGCUUUACACUGUGACGGUGACUGGUAACAUCCUAGUAAUAGCCCUGGUUUAUUUCACUCCCACGCUUCAUUCUCCCAUGUAUUUCUUUCUGAGCCACCUCUCCUGGACCGACAUCUUCCUCACUACGAAUGUGAUUCCAAACCUGCUAUGCCUUAUCCUGAAUGAAGGGGGCUCCAUAUCGUUGGUGGCUUGUUUGACCCAGCUGCAAUGUAUUGGUGGUUCGAUGGUUGUAGAGUGUCUACUCCUCGCUGUGAUGUCAUACGACCGAUAUUUGGCUAUCUGCUACCCUCUCCGGUAUAACUCAAUCAUGGACCGCAAGUUCUGCCUUCACCUGGUUUCCUGGCCUUGGGUCUUUGGCAUUAUGGUUGCACUCACCAUAGUUGGUCUUGUCAGUCGGCUACAAUUUUGUGAUUCGAACAUGAUUAAUCACUUUUUCUGUGAUGUCACUCCCCUUCUAAAACUGUCAUGUUCUGAGAUAUUUUUCAUACAAACCGGGAUAUUCAUUGCGUCCUCCUCUAUGACUCUUUUACCGUUUGUAUUCAUUAUCUCCACUUAUAUCAGCAUAUUCUGGACAAUAUUUAGAAUAUCUUCAUCUAACGAGAGACAUAAAACAUUCUCCACGUGCAGCUCUCACCUGGCGAUUGUGAGUAUGUAUUAUGGGUCCCUGUUUGCUCUCUAUGUGAUACCCGACAAUGGAAACUCAGUUACUUUAUAUAAAUACCUGUCGCUGAUGUAUACACAAGUAACUCCGUUCUUUAAUCCGGUUAUAUAUAGCUUAAGGAAUAAAACCAUCAGAACAUCUCUACUGAAAAUGAUCCAAACGACAAUCAGAACAUUCCCUUAA